AUGGCGGGCGGCGCGGGCUGGGCGGGCGCCCCCGCGGCUCUGCUGCGCUCCGUGCGCCGCCUGCGCGAGGUGUUCGAGGUGUGCGGCCGCGACCCCGACGGCUUCCUGCGCGUGGAGCGCGUCGCGGCGCUGGGGCUGCGCUUCGGCCAGGGCGAGGAGGUGGAAAAACUUGUCAAAUACUUGGAUCCCAACGACCUCGGGAGAAUCAACUUCAAGGACUUUUGCCGAGGGGUGUUCGCCAUGAAAGGCUGUGAGGAGCUGCUGAAGGAUGUGCUGUCCGUGGAGAGCGCGGGGGCGCCGCCCUGCACGCCGGAGAUCCCCGACUGCGUGGACCAGGGCAGCGAGGUGCCAGGCCCUGCCUUUGCUGAUGGCGAGCUCCUCCCCAGGGACCCCGGCUUCUUUCCCGAGGACGAGGAGGAGGCUAUGACACUGGCCCCACCCGAGGGCCCCCCGGAGUCCGACAUGGACAGCCCCAUGGAGAGCACGCGGAGCCUGGAGGGGUCGGUGGGGGGUCCCGCCGAAGAGAAGGACGGAGGGCUCGGGGGCCUGUUCCUGCCAGAGGACAAGUCCCUGGGCCACGCGCCAUCCGUGACCACUUCGGACCUCUCCACGCACUCCACCACCUCGCUUAUCAGCAACGAGGAGCAGUUUGAAGACUACGGGGAGGGGGAUGACGUGGACUGUGCCCCUAGCAGCCCCUGCCCCGACGACGAGACCAGGACCAACGUUUACUCGGACCUGGGAUCUUCAGUGUCUUCCAGCGCGGGGCAGACCCCCAGGAAAAUGCGGCACGCCUACAACAGCGAGCUGCUGGAUGUGUACUGCUCUCAGUGCUGCAAGAAGAUCAACCUGCUGAAUGACCUGGAAGCCCGACUGAAAAACCUGAAGGCCAACAGCCCUAACCGGAAGAUCUCUAGCACGGCCUUUGGACGGCAGCUCAUGCACAGCAGCAACUUCAGUAGCAGUGACGGUAGCACCGAGGACCUGUUUCGAGACAGCAUCGACUCCUGUGACAAUGACAUCACGGAGAAGGUGAGCUUCCUGGAAAAAAAGGUGACAGAACUGGAGAAUGACAGCUUGACCAACGGGGACCUGAAGAGCAAGCUGAAGCAGGAGAACACACAGCUCGUGCACAGGGUGCACGAGCUGGAGGAGAUGGUGAAGGAUCAGGAGACCAUGGCGGAGCAGGCCCUGGAGGAGGAAGCGCGGCGGCACCGCGAGGCCUACAGCAGGCUGGAGAGAGAGAAGGGCACGGAGAUCGAGCUGCUCAACACCAGGGUACAGCAGUUAGAGGAGGAAAACACCGAGCUCAGGACAACAGUGACCCGGCUCAAGUCGCAGACCGAGAAGCUGGAUGAGGAGCGGCAGCGCAUGUGUGACCGUCUGGAGGACACCAGCCUGCGGCUCAAAGACGAGACGGACCUGUACAAGCGCGUGAUGGACAAGCUGCGCCAGAACCGCCUAGAGUUCCAGAAGGAACGAGAGGCCACGCAGGAGCUUAUCGAGGACUUGCGGAAGGAGCUGGAGCACCUGCAGAUGUACAAGCUGGACUGCGAGCGGCCGGGCCGGGGGCGCAGCUCGUCGUCUGGCCUGGGCGAGUUCAACGCCAGGGCCCGCGAGGUGGAGCUGGAGCAUGAGAUCAAGCGGCUCAAGCAGGAGAAUCAUAAGCUGCGGGACCAGAACGACGACUUGAACGGACAGAUCUUGAGCCUCAGCCUCUACGAAGCAAAGAACCUCUUUGCCACGCAGACCAAAGCCCAGUCUCUGGCCGCAGAAAUAGACACGGCCUCCCGCGAUGAGCUCAUGGAAGCCCUUAAGGAACAGGAGGAGAUCAACUUCCGGCUGCGGCAGUACAUGGACAAGAUCAUCCUAGCCAUCCUGGACCACAACCCUUCCAUCCUUGAGAUCAAACACUGAGACGGGGCCUGGCUGCGGAGCGGCCGCGGGACCCUCAGAGCCCUGGCCCUGGGACCGAGGCGCAGAGCCCGCCGGAGGAUGCAGCCCAAGCUGGGGCGCGCGCACUGUAAACGUCUCUCUGGCCACCAUGUCCUGUGUACCAGUGUGUAUGUGGGGAAGCCGCGCACACAGCAGGGGGUGGGCGUGGGGCUGCCGGGGACCUCUGUGCUGC